GCAACAUUUUCGAAUCGAACGCAGCAGAAAGUGGAAGUUAUCAACGGAUCUCCGGAUCUUUAGAUCAAUCAUCGUUAUUCGCGUGUUGCUUGUUUUUACCUUGUUAUCGUUAGCAAUUCAUUUACAAAAAUAUCAAAAUGCACUCAAGUGAAGCAAAACAAAUAUUGAAAUGCAAAAUUUAAAGAAUACAUAAAGUUCUGUUAAAUGUAUCUGCAAGAUAUGGAAAAUAAACGACCGCUUAUAAAGUGUUCUGUUAUGUUACAACCCACAAAUACACAUCAAUACUAAUGUUCGGAUUUCGAGGAUGUUACUCAAAAUUUAUAAAUCAAUACAAAAAUAUAAAACUCAAAAAGAAAUAAGAAAUAAACAAAAAAUUUUACAUCUGAUUCUUUGCAAUACUUAAAAUUGUUUCAAGUUUUCUGUUUGUUAUUUAUUAUUAAAUCUUUCACGAAACAAGUUUAUCUUAAAAAUCUCAUUACUAUUUAAGUGUUUCUAUUCUAAAAGUUACUUCAAAAUUGUUUUAAAAUUUAUUUAAAAAGUUCAUUAAGUUAUUUAUUCAAAUCUUUUUAACAUAAGCUUAACUAAAGCCAAAUUCUUUUAAGCAAAUCAACGCUUAUUUAUUUAUUAUACCUUAAUACUAAACUUGUAUUUAGUUUAUCGUAACUUUAAAAAAAAUUAAAAAUCUAAAUUACCCGAUACAAUAAAACCAGUUGAAAAUACUGUCAAAAAGACUUUUUGGAUUACAUUUAAAAAUUGCUUCAUCAAGGCUUCAAUUAUAUGUGAAGAAUCUUUAGGUGCUAAUUUAGUUGAUAAGCGAAAAAAUCAAGCGAAAGAGCGAUACACAGACAGUGCAGUGGACCACACGAGAUCUGGAAGUUGCGACUGGGUGGCAACUUUUCGAAGGCAGUGCUUAAAAGUAUGCUACAAAAUAAUACCAUAUACAGCCGACUGAGGCGAACUUAACAGCAUCAGCAGUAUAUAUAUAGUAUAUACAUAUAUAUAUAUAUAUAUAUAUAUUUAUAUAUAUAUAUAUCGAGACAGAAAGAGAAGGAGAGAGAGAGUACGGCGGAGCGCCGCCGAAGAAUCAAGGGAGGAAUCGGCAUCGAAAUGUCCAAGUUCUUUGUGAAUGUUGCCCCUAUCAACAACAGCAACAGCAGUAGCAGCAACAACACCGCCAGCAACACCCAGCGACACCAGCAACACUAUGGCGCAGGCGGGGCAACGGGUCACACAAUGGUCGCCCGCAGACUCAACUACGACCAGCUCGGCGGCACAACCAACAUCAACAACAACAACAACAACAACAACAUUGUGAUCAAGAACGAGGCCAUCGAUCUGGACUAUAAUCACGGUUUGAGCAGCAGCGACAGCAACAGCAACAGCAAUAGCAACAGCAAUAGCAACAGCGGCGUGGCAGCCCAUCUGCGGGAUCAUGUCUACAUCAGUCUGGACAAGGGGCACGGCACGGGGGGAGUGGCAACGGCGGGCCAUGCACAGCAUCAACUGCAGCAGCAUCACCAAAAUCAGCAGCAGCGCAAGACGACCGGCAAGACGAACGAUAUCACAAAUUAUUACAAGGUUAAACGCCGGCCACACGCCGUCAGCGACGAGAUCCACCCGAAGAAGCAGGCCAAGCAGAGCGCGCACCAUCAGACGGUGGUGUAUCAAAAGCAUGUGGCCAGCAGCACGCCCCAGCAGUUGCGUCAAGGCCAACACCAGGUGCACAACGAAGGGGAGGGCGAGCUGGACGAGGAUGUGGUGGAGCGGGUGGCCAAGCCGGCAUCUCACCACUCCUUUGUCCUGUCGACGCCCCAGCAGCAGUUGGCAGCUUCUGUGGCCAGUUCCUCGAGCGGCGAUCGCAAUCGGGCAGACACUUCGCUGGGCAUACUGACCAAGAAGUUUGUGGACCUGCUGCAGGAGUCCCCAGAUGGCGUGGUGGAUCUGAACGAGGCCUCCAAUAAGUUGCACGUUCAAAAGCGACGCAUCUACGACAUCACCAAUGUGCUUGAAGGCAUAAACAUCCUGGAGAAGAAGUCGAAGAACAACAUCCAGUGGCGCUGCGGGCAGUCGAUGGUCAGCCAGGAGCGAUCGCGGCACAUCGAGGCGGAAUCGGAAAGGUUGGAGCAGCUGGAGAACGAGCUGAACAUGGCCAUCGACCAGAUGCGCGGCAACCUUGCAGAGAUCUCGCAGGAGGUGGAAAAUUCCGGGGGAAUGGCCUACGUGACUCAAAACGACCUGCUCAACGUGGAUCUCUUCAAAGAUCAGAUCGUCAUAGUGAUAAAGGCGCCGCCCGAGGCCAAGCUUGUGCUGCCCAACACAAAAUUGCCGCGCGAAAUUUACGUGAAGGCGGAGAACAGCGGAGAGAUCAACGUCUUCCUCUGCCAUGACACCUCGCCGGAAAAUUCGCCGAUUGCAGCGGGCGUCGGCUACGUUGGAGCAGCCGGAGCAGGAUGCGUUCGAACGGCCACCUCCACCCGACUGCAUCCGCCGACCAACGAUCCGCUCUUCAACAAUAUUGAUGCCCUGAGUACCAAGGGAUUAGUUGCCACACCCUACCGCUCGGCCCGCAACCUCAGCAAAUCGAUCGAGGAAGCCGCCAAGCAGUCCCAUCCUGAAUAUAAUAACAUUUGUGAUAUUGCGAUAGCCCAGCCUCAUCAACUCAACCAGCAGCAGCAGCAGCAUCAACAGAUGCUUCAGCAGCCGGAGGAGGACGAUGUGGACACGGAGCUGAGUCAGCUGGUGCCUACGCUGACGAAUCCGGUGGUCCGUAGCCAUCAUUUCCAGCAGCAGCAGCAGCACCAGCAGCACCAGCAGACCUCCAUCCAGGAGCUGUUCAGCAGCUUAACAGAAUCCUCGCCCCCCACGCCCACAAAGCGGCGUCGGGCGGCAGCUGCCGCGGCCAUUGCCGCAGGCAGCGCAACAGUAGCAGCAGCAACCACUACGCUUAAUAGUCAUAACAACAGUAACAGCAACCACGGGAACCACAGCACCAGCAGCUCCCAACCACCCAUAAUAAGCUACGGCAGCAGCCAGCGACGCAGCGACGUGCCCAUGUAUAAUUGUGCAAUGGAAGACGCAACCACAACAUCUGAAGCAACAGCUGCAGCACCUCGAGCGGCAGCAGCAACGCAAUCAUCGGCGAUAAGCUCGCUGCAGGCGCAAUUCGCUGCCGUAGCAGACAGCAACAACAGCAUCAGCAGCGUUGACGGCGGCUUUGGCAGCAUCGCUGGCGCUGGCGCCAACGCUCAUAUCCAUCAACCAUUCAGCCAUGGCCGCCACAGCCUGCCGCCCAGCGUGGCCGACUGCGAUGCCAAUAGCAACAGCAGCAACGUCACGCUCCAGGGCCUCGAUGCGCUCUUCAGCGACAUUGGCUCGGACUACUUUAACAACGACAUUGCUUUUGUGUCCAUCAAUCCACCGGACGAUAACGACUAUCCGUAUGCGCUAAACGCAAAUGAGGGCAUCGAUCGGCUUUUCGACUUUGGUUCGGAUGGCUAUGGACCCUAAGAGGAGACGUCCACCAAACACUCUCUCAUACACGCAUAUAUCUACAACAUUGGGAAACUGGGGGUGUUUAUAAUUUAAAAUUAUAUACAAAUGGAAAAACAAAAAAAAAUCAAACAAAAACCAGCAAAUUAAAAAAUUAUUAAAUUAUUUGAUUUCAAAAACCACAAACAAACAAACAAACAAAAAAAAAAUCCAAAAGCAAACACAAAAAAAAGCAAAUCAGCAAAACUUAAUGAAACUAAGUUGUGUGUAAAGUUUUAAGCGUAAUAAUAUAUAUAUUUAAAUUUAUAACCCAAACUAAUUUAAGCGAAACAAAACAAAAACACAAAAUCUACUUUACGUAAACUCAGCCUCACAAGAGAACAGAAGAAGAGCCAGAUUUUAUAAGCAAAUUUAAAUUUUAGCCCCAUAACAAAACAAACGAGAAGCAAAAGAAGAAUCAGGAAUAUGAUGUAAAAAAAAAUGGGUAUAACACACAAACGCAAAUUCUUCCCUCUUAUCAAUCAACUUAUUUGCGCUUCAGCUGUCUGUAAAUUAGUAAAAACUAAACUAAAACUAAUACACAAAUAAAUUUUAAUUAGAAAACAAAAUAGCUGUAAUCCCAAUCGUCAUAAAAUUAAACUCCAAUAAAAAGAAAAUCAAUUUAAAAUUGUAAAAAAAAUAUCGAUGACGUUUUAAACUCAAACGGAGCAGAAUGAAAGAAGAGAACACGAUACCAGGGCCCCCGACCUUGACCCUAUACUCCCCCCACAUAUCCCCUUCUCUCCUGUUUUAGUUUAGCAUGCAACAACAAAUUUCUUCUGCCAUUCUGUUAAUCUGCUUGAAUUAAUCGAUUGAUUUUUAAUUACUAUUAUUAAAACUAUAACUAUGUAUAAUAAUUUGUUAUUGUUAUAAAAUUUAAACUAUAAACACACACACAUGGGCCCAAUAACAGUUUAUUUAUAAAAGCCAAAUCAUCCCACAAAACAAACAACCUACAACUUAACAGAGUCAACUACAAGUACAUAAAUAAUUAUUUAAACUUUGCUUUGAAGUAAUAUAUUUAACUAAACAAACCAAUGCAAAUCAUUAAACUGUAUAAAAUCAACAAAUAAAAGAAGAAGAACCACAAAAACCCGAAACCUCUGUACAAUUGUACGUAUAAUUUUUUAAAGAAAAUUACAUUUUGUUAGGUAUUUUUUGUUUUUUUUUCCAAAAACAAACACAUUAAAAGGAUAAAAUAAAGAUUAGAAAAACAAAGAACAAUUUAAAGAAACAGAAAAAGUUUUAAAACCAAAAA